AUGGCCCGGCAGGACGCGGUGAAGUGCCUGCGCUGUCUGCUCUACGCACUGAACCUCCUCUUCUGGCUCAUGUCAGCUUGUGUCCUGGGAGUGGCUGCCUGGAUCCGAGACUCACUCAACACUGUCCUGACCCUCACGGCACACACAAGAUUAGAGGAGGCGGCGGUUGUCACGUAUUCUGCUGCAGUUCACCCUGUUGUCAUCGCGAUAUGCUGUUUUCUGAUCAUCGUGGCCAUGGUUGGAUACUGUGGCGCACACAAAUGUAACCUACUGCUUCUAUCCUGGUAUUUCUGUUGUCUGCUGGUGAUCUUCUGUGUGGAGCUAGCCUGUGCAGUUUGGACAUAUGAUGAGCCCGCAGUGCAGCGCUCAGACAUGAUCAGCCUAAAGUCCCGGAUGCCAAACUACGGCCUCCAGCGUUACCAGUGGCUCACACACACCUGGAAUAGCUUCCAGACCGAGUAUAAAUGUUGUGGAGUCAUCUACUUCACUGAUUGGUUGGAAAUGACAGAGUUGGAGUGGCCCCCUGACUCCUGUUGCUCCAAUCAGUAUCCAGGGUGUGCUCGAUAUGCCCACUACCAUGACCUCAGUGAUCUGCAUCAGGAGGGCUGUGGUCCAAAGAUCUACAGUUUCAUUCGUGGGACAAAGCAGCUGCAGGCUUUGCGUUUCUUGGGAGUGUCCAUCGGUGUGGCUCAGAUUCUUGCUAUGGCACUGACUCUUAUGUUGCUCUGGGCUUUGUAUUAUGGACACAAAUGUCCAGUGCCAAACGCAGUGAUGGACGCACCAAAGGAUCCCAGCGCGACCUCAGUCACAGGGAGCACCUGA